AUGGUGCCGCUCCGCGUGACUGUGCCGCGUUCAACCACAGACCGGCGAAUCUCACCGAACGUAUCAUCGGGCGGUGUGAUUCAAAGCCGGAUCUGUGCGCUAUCGAAGAUGAUUGCGCCGUCACCAGUGUCACCGUAA